AUUGGUUAGUGGGUGACGGAGCCGAGUGUUUUACAGUGAACUUCCGACAGUGAGUUGUUGUAUGACCGACACCGGCUGAAGCAUGGCAGCACCCACCGGCAGAGCUGUGGUCUUCGUUACCGGGAACGCGAAAAAACUGGAAGAGGUAAUUCAGAUCCUUGGUGACAAAUUUCCCUACAAACUGGUUUCUGAGAAGAUUGACUUGCCUGAAUAUCAAGGGGAACCAGAUGAUAUUUCUAUACAGAAGUGUCAAGAAGCUGCAAGGCAGGUGGAUGGGCCAGUGCUGGUAGAGGACACCUGUCUGUGCUUCAGGGCUCUAGGAGGACUACCAGGACCUUACAUAAAAUGGUUCUUGGAUAAACUGAAGCCAGAGGGGUUGUAUAAAUUGCUAGCCGGUUUUGAGGAUAAAUCUGCCUGGGCUCUGUGUACAUUUGCUUUCUGUGCUGGAAAAGAUGAGCCAGUGCAGCUGUUCAGAGGAAGAACUGAGGGCCGUAUUGUUGAGCCCAGGGGCCCGAGGGAUUUUGGGUGGGAUCCUUGUUUUCAGCCCGAUGGCUAUGAAAAAACUUAUGCGGAGCUCCCUAAAGAAGUGAAGAACAGCAUCUCCCAUCGGUACCGUGCCCUGGCAGCCUUGUCGGAAAACUUCUCCAAGCUCAACGACACACCGGAGACCAAGCGUGCAAAACACCAAGACUGAGUACUGUUCUCUAUCCAAACAGAUUCAGCCAAUCCUCAUCAGGCUCUGGCUCAAAUCAAAGCCCUAAUGUGCUGCUCAUAAACGGUUUCUAAUGUACUCCAUCCUUAUAGUCUUUUAAAUAAAUGCUUUGUUUAUAAAAA